CGAAGACGAUGGAUCGAUCGGGCUCGAUAUCCGAUGGAGCCUGCACCUCUUGCCCAAAAAGGACGCUAAGCUACGACAGCUGCUGUUGGAUUUAAACAACUACAGGAAGACAGCGGAAGAGCAUUUAUCGAGGAAGGUAUACACAAAGAGCAUUAGUCACGGGAAGAGGAAUGGAGCUAAAACUUCGAUGAAGGCUGUGAAAGCGUCCACAGCAGUAAAGAAAUCGCCAUCCGAGGUUCCUAAAACCGAAGGAAAGCCUAC